AUGAGGCAUGUCCUGAACUCGGUCAAACCGGAGCCGCUCCUUCCUCUCCUCGCCUCCCUUCGCCGUCGCACACAAGACCCGACUUCGACAUCUUAUCCCGUCCUGAGACAAGUAUUCUCGACGGCCAUCCCGUAUGGCUCGCUUGUCGAACUCAGUGGGACUGCUGGAGGAGGAAAGACACAUCUGUUGUACCUUAUUUGCUCCAUUGCUCUUCUGCCGCCAAGAUGGACGGCGACAGAUGGAGAAGUGUAUGAACUAGGCGGGAAGGGUGAAGCCGUUGUGUAUAUCGAUACCGAUGGCAAACUGUCAACCCUCCGCCUUCGCGAAGUCAUGUCACACCAUCUCACAACGGCAGCCGGAUCUCUUUCGCUAAACGACCGCGACGAAGCCAUCUAUCAAGCUCUCCAGAGACUGCAUAUAUUCCGGCCAAUCUCGUCGACAUCUUUGCUGGCGACACUCCGUUUCCUCCCGACAUACGUCUGCACACCGUCGUCCAGCCUCCUCGAUACCAAGAUUGGCGUAGUAGCACUGGACAGUCUUUCCGCGUUCUUCUGGCAAGACAGGUAUCAAGCUCCAUCCAGCGAAACCACACCUACAAAACCCAACGACCACGUCGACACCUAUAUCUUCGCUACCAUAGCAAAGACACUCAAAGACUUCUGCCUUACGCAUUCAUGUUUCGCGAUAUGCACAAAUUGGGUUCUUUUCGGCAACAACCAUCUUCCGCAGACAUGGAAUAACGCAGUGAAUCUCCGGGUUAGGCUGCAGAAGGGGCAGAUGAGACAUUAUGAUGGGAUGACUUUGGCUGAGGCGUGGCAAGCAAGUCAGAGGGAGGACUCGGAAUCGAGACGGGAGGUCACCGUGAAGACGGAGCUAGGUGGGAGGAUGAAGCUGUUUGUCGAUGGAGAAGGGAUGUUCACAGAAGAUCAACUGCAGGAUGUAGUGCAAGCUUGAUCUCGGAGGCAAACCGAACGUAGUGAACAAAAGAGAAGGUAUGCAUAUUUUUAGAUAAUAAUGCUGUAUGGUAUCACCACCCCAACGCAGCCCCAUCACCCCUCAUAUCACUGCCCCCACUCC